GACCCAUAUCCGCGAGUUGCAAGUCCACGUGUUUUUUGGCUGAUGGCCUAUUAAGAAUUUAGUAAUUUUGUUGCAAUAUUAGUGAGUACUUAAUCUUGUAAAUUGAUUCAUUCAAAGUAAAGCUGAACCGAUGGUCAGAAAGUUAGAAAUGGAUGAAAUAAUAUUCGGCGUGUAUGAUGUUAUUAAUCCGACUCCAGCAUCGCUACAAGAACUGUCAGCUAUUUCUGUUAGCUUGGAAAUAUGGCGCAAUGAAUUGCGUAUUAAUCGCAAGAUUCGAAGAAGUUUUUCUCCAAGAUACCAUCCUAUCUCCAUAAAAACAGUGCUCCCAGAUUUACCGUCCCUAAUUUAUAUAAUAAUUAAUCAAUAUAUCGCGAGAUUUGGAGCUUCGUUGGAUGACUGGUCGAUGCAGCAUCAUCACAAAAUAUUCAAUCUUCUGUACACUGACAUGUUUGACAACGUUUUGAAUUACUUCGAUGAUUUUGUAUGCGAUUUCAACGGCGAAAUUAAUUAUACCAGAACUGCCGAACGUAUGAUGCAUUGUAAUGAACUUAGCGAGACCGAUAAAUUCAUCAUAGCUUGUACAUACUUUUUUGAAAACGAUAUUAGACGAAUUUGGCCGUCUGUACACGAAAAAAUAAACUCAACUUUUAUAAUUUUUGACAGAAGCCCGCAAUUUUCUUACUGGGUUCACUGUUUGGAGACAGAAUGGAAUAUGAGAAUUCAUCGUGUGUGUCAAUGGCAAAUGAUGAUGAUCACACCUAUUGGCGACACUAUUGGUGAAACUGUGUUUCUACAUUGCAUGCCUUAUAAUAGACCAUCAGCUGAAUACAUUUGGAAUCGUAUACCCUCGCCAAGGCGAAUACGAUUUGCGAUAAGACUAUUUAGGCACAAUGUAGACUCAUUUAUUAGGUUCAUCUUACCAAAACUGGACGAGAAACAGCUCGCUGCAUUUAUCAACGAGACAGGCAGUGAGUUGACAGAUGCCUUGUUGAAAUAUCAUUCAGCACAUUCCCAUGUUGAAGAGGUAGAAAGAAGAAGGAAAUUAAUGGAAAUGGAUAUGAAAAUUGAUGCUAAGGAGUGUCAAGCAAAAUCACCCGUUAUUGAGAAAUCAAUGGGAAUGGAUAAGAAAAUUGAUGCUAAGAAAUGUCAAGCAAAAUCACCCGUUAUUAAGAAAUCAAUGGGAAUGAAUGAAUUUCAUAAUAUGCUCGCAGCAGGCAUAGUCAUUUGCACUAUACUAAUAUCAGACAUUAUAUCGUGCUUCAAGGCUAAAUAGAGAUGCGCCUAAAUUAGUUAAUUUUAACUAAAAAGUAUUAUACGAUACUAAAAAUUUCAGCUCCAGAAGUUUGUUUCAAUCCAUGCUUCAAGCCUUUCUUUGUUUUAUUACGAUUAACAUAUCAGAGCGCAACAUACUCGUAAGAACAUUUGUACCUACCUAUGUUUUAAGUGUACCUAUUUGUCUAUUUUUAAAGAAGAAUAUUUUGAA